AUGGACGCCGGCGUGGGUCUCCGGCCGAGGCCCGGUACUGCAUGGGCCAAACGACGGAAGCCGCAGGGAUUCCCCCCGGCGACAGUGCCGGCGGUGAGGCUCGACCAGAAUCCGGCGCGGCGGCCGCUGGUCCUGCGCACCGACGCGGGGAGCCGGAGCACCGAUCCCAUCCGUGGCGCCAGCCUCAAGGCCCUGUGCUGCCACAAAUCGGCAGGUACUGAGAAAGCCCACUAUUCUGCUGAUGAGGCUCUCGUACUAAAGCAAAAAGCAGAGGACGUGCUCCCUUACCUGAAUGACCGCUGUGUUUAUCUAGUUGGAAUGAUGGGUUCCGGCAAAACUACAGUUGGGAAGAUAAUAGCUGAAGUACUAGGCUAUUCAUUCUUUGACAGUGAUAAGCUGGUUGAGCAGUCUGUUGGCAUACCGUCGGUGGCUGAGAUUUUUCAGGUCCACAGUGAAGCAUUCUUCAGAGAUAACGAGAGUGAGGUACUAAGGGAUUUGUCGUCAAUGCACCGAUUAAUUGUUGCAACAGGAGGUGGUGCGGUGAUACGACCAAUCAAUUGGAGUUAUAUGAAGAAAGGACUCACUAUUUGGUUAGAUGUUCCAUUGGACGCCCUUGCAAGAAGGAUUGCUGCGGUUGGUACUGCGUCACGACCCCUCCUGCAUCAGGAAUCUGGUGAUCCUUAUGCAAAGGCCUAUGCCAAACUUACAGCACUUUUUGAACAAAGAAUGGAUUCAUAUGCUAAUGCUGAUGCCCGAGUUUCCCUUGAAAAUAUUGCAUUCAAACAAGGACAUAAUGAUGUGAAUGUACUUACACCAAGUGCCAUCGCUAUUGAGGCAUUGCUAAAGAUGGAGAGCUUUCUUACUGAGAAGGCCAUGGUCAGAAACUGA